GAGUGCCAAAAAAAAAAAAAAAAAGUGCUGAAGAGUCCCCGGGUGAUGAGGCUAUUUUUGUUCAAAGCUGAUACUUCUAGCUCAGCCACAAGUGCUGCUUGGAAAGGGCUUAGGUUGUUUCCAGGGGGAGAACUCUGCAGAGAAGAGGCAAAGUUCAACAGGACAACAAAAAAGCAGCAGAGAAACAGCCAGGAUAACGAGGAGCCCUCACGUUUAAACAUAGAACCCUGACCAGAGUUCUCGAAUUCCGAAAAUAUUCUGCAAAGUGCUUCUUGACAGAGAAAUUUUCACCUGACUUUUACUUGCUACGGCCACCAUGACUGAGAUCACUGCUGAAGGAAAUGCAUCUGCAACCACGACUGUGAUAGACAGCAAAAAUGGAUCUGUACCCAAAUCCCCUGGAAGGGUGUUGAAGAGGACAGUCACGGAAGACCUAGUGACAACGUUCAGCUCCCCUGCAGCCUGGCUGCUGGUCAUCGCUCUGAUAGUCACCUGGUCAGCUGUUGCCAUUGUUAUGUUUGACUUAGUGGAUUACAAAAACUUUUCAGCGAGCUCUAUUGCCAAGAUUGGCUCAGAUCCUCUAAAACUCGUACACGAUGCUGUGGAGGAAACCACGGACUGGAUCUACGGGUUCUUUUCUUUGUUGUCUGAUAUCAUCUCAUCUGAAGGUGACGAAGAAGAUGAUGACGGGGGUGAGGACACUGACAAAGGAGAAAAAGAGGAGCCUCCCUUGAAGAAAAAAGAAAUACACAAAGAAAAAGCUGAAAAGCAGGAGAAACCUGAAAGGAAAAUACAAACUAAAGUUACACACAGAGAAAAAGAAAAAGACAAAGAGAAAGUAAAAGAAAAAGAAAAACCUGAAAAGAAAGCAACUCACAGGGAUAAAACUGAGAAAAAAGAAAAACCAGAAACAAAGACAGUGGCAAAAGAAGAGAAGAAGGCUAAGUCUGAAGAAAAGACUAAAAAGGAAGUAAAAGGUGGGAAACAGGAGAAAGCCAAGCAAACAGCUGCAAAAGUAAAAGAAGUACAGAAAACCCCAACUAAACCCAAGGAGAAGGAGGCCAGAGAGACGGCCGCUGUGUCGAAGCCUGACCAGAAAGAUCAGUAUGCAUUCUGUCGAUAUAUGAUUGAUAUGUUUGUCCGUGGGGAUUUAAAACCAGGACAAAGCCCAACUAUACCACCUCCAUUACUGACAGAACAAGCUUCCAGACCCACGGUUGCAUCACCUACUCUUGAAGAAAAAGAAAGAGAAAAGAAAAUUGAGAAGAAAGUUACUUCUGAAACAAAAAAGAAAGUAGAAAAAGAAGAUGUCAAAAAGAAAAGUGAGAAGGAAAUUGCCAUUGAUGUGAAAAAAAAAGAGCCAGGAAAAGCUCCUGAAACCAAACAAGACACUAUUAAAGUUUCUGCACCAGCAGUAACUAAGAAGGAUGAAAAAAAGGAAGAUUCCAAGCAAACAAAGACAUCUGCAGAAGAACAACCCAGGGGAAAAAAACCGGAAAAGAAAGAAAAACAGGUGGAACCAGCAAAGUCACCAAAGAAGGAACAUCCAGCUCCAAGAGACAAACAAGUAAAAGCAAAAACUGAACGACCCAAAGAAGAAGUUGGUGCUAUCUCAACUAAAAAAGCUGUACCUGGGAAGAAGGACGAGAAAACAACGAAGACAGUGGAGCAAGAAAUUAAAAAAGAAAAAUCUGGGAAGCCUUCUUCACUUCCAAAGGAUAAAGAGCCUAUUAAAGGAAAAGAAGAAAAGGCUCCAGCUUCUCUAAAAGAAAAAGAACCUGAAACUAAAAAAGAUGAGAAGAUGCCCAGACCAGAACCUGAAACUAAAAAAGAUGAAAAGAUGCCCAAACCAGGUCUAGAAGUCAAGCCUAAACCUCCACAUCUACAAGUGAAAAGAGAAGAGAAGCCAAAACUACAAGUUAAAAAAGAAGCAAAACCAGAACAAGACAUAGUGAAACCAGAAAAGACUGUUUCUCAUGAUAAACCAGAAGAAAAAACUCUUAAGCAAGUAAAAGCUGUCACAAUAGAAAAAACAGAAGAAAAAACUCUCAAGCAAGUAAAAGCUGUCACAAUAGAAAAAACAGAAAAACCUGAGCAUCAGGAAAAAGAAGCUCCAUCUAUAAAAACGGAUAAACCAAAACCAACUCCAAAGAGAACAUCAGAAGUCACAGAAUCAGUGAAGAAGAAACCUGAAAAACCUGAAAAGGAAAGUAAAGAAAAAGUAGAAGUGAAACAUCAUAAAGAAGAAAAAGUCUCAAUAAGAAAAGAAAGUCUUCAAUUACCCAAUGUGACAAAAGCUGAAAAGCCAGCAAGAGGAUCAAAAGACCUUGAAGAUGUGCCUGCUCCAAAGAAAACAAAAGUAGAAGAAACUGAAGAGGUAUCUCCCACAAAGAAGCAAAAAAGUCCCAUCAGUUUCUUCCAGUGUGUCUACUUGGACGGUUACAACGGCUAUGGAUUUCAGUUUCCUGUCACCCCUGCACACCGCCCUGGAGAGAGCUCUUGCCAGGGAAAUUCUCCAGGACAGAAAAAGCAAGGACAAUAGGCACGCGUGCAUGAUCCUCACCAGUGCUUUAUGGUUUGGAAAGUGGGAUCUUAACAUUUUGUCCACAGUGGCACAGGCAACCGAAAUUAAGCAAUCUAGAGCAUUUCUGCGAAAACAUUUGACACUUCAGCCUGGUAUCGAGAGAAGAGGUGGUCAAAAGGGUUGAGUGAUAAGCAGACAUAGUGAAGUGUCAGAUGCUCAAGAAUCCGUUACGCGUGUUCGUUGCUGUGGGUGGGGAUGCCUCCAUGUUUUUAUUUCCACACACACUAUAAGGUUGUACAGAAAUUAAUUUAAAGUUUACUUAUACUGCUCCUUUAAAUAUAUAACUGACACAAUUACAGAAUAAAAUUCCUGGAUUCAAUUAGAAAUUUAUUUUUUAAAUGAUAUCUUAAGCUUCAUUCUAAAGUAGUGGUUCUCAACCUUCCUAAUGCCGCGACCCUUUAAUACAGUUCCUGAGUGUCACAACCCAGAGGUUGAGAACUGCUGUUCUAAAGGAUAGAGGAGCUUGUCAAAAGGGUUUCUUUUGCAAUUUAGGGAUAUUGAAACUCAAUUUACCCGAUAAGUUGAUGCUUGAAAGCUCCAUUUUACUUGUGCCUGUUUCUCUUUUUUGUGACUAUGCUCUAAGACUGGGUAACCAUUGCACUGAACAGUGCUAUAACUUUAUUGUGAUACUCUUUUAGAGUUCAAAAUAUCUCUGAAAUUUAAAUAUGAUUAGAUAAAGAAUAAAUGUUUGAUGAAUCUUAUCUCUAAGAUUUGUCUUGAGUUCCAGUUAGGACAUUAUUCCAGUGGAAAUGUACCAUUCAAUGAGGCUGGUCUGGUGAACUAUUUGUUAACAGAAUGAGAUGUGGAAUUUUCAGAUUUCUCCAGACUGUGUGAAAUUUUACAUCAAUCACUCAUGCAGGUGACUUGUGCAAAAAUAGUUUCAUUUCACUUUAAUACAUUUUUUCUCACAAUGGAAAAAUAUGAAUGCCAUUAAUAUCUAAGAAGACAUUUAACAACAAAUACCUUUAUAAGAUGUCUUACUUGUAUUUUAUGUCAUUGGUCAUCAGUGCCAAUGAAAUGGAUGACAAUUUUUAACUACUUGAUGACACAACACUGGGAAUGACCAUAUGGUUGUGUCACAUUCCUGGUGAUAUCACACUUUACCACGUCUUUCUAUCAUCUCUAAAAGUCAUGACUCCGUGACCUUUUUCAUGUUUACAGUUGCAACUGAACUUAUGACUAUUAACCCAGGAAGGAAACUGAGUUCACCUUUCUGGCAUUAUAAUGAUCUUCAGCAAAGUAUGAGAUACCCAGAGCCAAUACUAGCCAAGUGAUUUAUUUUCAAGGACUAUAACUAACUAUGGUUCUUUAGGACCAAGAUAUAGCACAGUUUCACUAAAAAUCAUGAGGCUAGGGCAUCAGUAAUAAAUUCAGUAUUAAUAACAUAUUUUCAGUGAUUUUUUUGAAACAAGUUGAUUGUCAGCCAGAUGCUUGUGGACCUAAUUCACAGCACAAAGCCAACCUUAUAAUGAACCCUAUUCAUGACACUUUCCAUGGGGGAGGGAAGACAAUAUGGGAGUGUGUAAUUUCAGGAUUCAUUAGAUGGUACCAGCUUGCAAAGCCCCUUCACGUGGCAAUGUAAACUUGUGGAAAGUGAUUAAAGUCUACUGUUUAAGUGAUCCUCCAGUCUGCUCGACUUAAUGAGUAGAGCGCAAAUACAACAGCUGAUUUAGAUUUCAUGGAACACAAUGGCUUAUCCAUUAAUUCUUUCAUUCAAUGACUGUUUAUUGAGCACUUACUCUUUCCAAGGCACCGUGUUAGGCACUGGACUGUAUAAGAAAAAUCCAAUGAUAAUUUCUGCUUCCAGCGCUGUUCUGACACAGUGUAUGACCUUGGAAAAUUUACUUGACAUACUAUAUUUAUUUCUCUGUGGAUAAAAUAGAGAUUGCAAGACAAACAGUCUGAUAUUUCAUAGAAGGACUGUGGACAAUAUAAAAUAUGUUAAUAUGGAUGUGACACUGAAAGAAAUUUCUGAAAUAAUACUUUUGGCUACUGCAGUAUUUUUUUCUCUGAGUGUUUUUCUGUUUCUUUCAGUCUCAAUAUAUAAACUAUUUGUUUAAAAAUAUGACAUAGGCUGUUGUAAUUCGAAUGUAGACAAAUCAAUUACAAUGCAAACAAUGUUAAUAAUAAUUAGAUUGAUCUGAUUAAAGUUAUAAUGAUAAUAGCACCUUAAAAUAAUAUCUAACCUGUUGUUUGUACGUGUCCAUCAAAUGAAAUAUUUCUAAUCUUUUCAGGUUUGAUUCCUUGCAUUUUAAAAGGAAAAGAUAAAUGCUUGAUUAAGAGUUGCUGUCUUUAAUAGUUCAUUCAUAAUUCAUGUUGUAUUGGCCAUAAUAUGUAAGCGUUUCAUCAUUGUCUUAAUUCUCUGCUUUGUUCGAUUGAUACAAGCUAUUCACUUCACGCCUCCUUUCUUCCUCAUACUUCACCCCCUCUUAAUGGUUAAAGAGCUGUAGAAAAUAAGCAUUGAUUUUACCUAAGGUUUCUGAUUCAUGUUUAGCUUUCAUAAAGCCUGGUAAAUCAUCAUUCAAGUAAGACAAGCUUUUCUUGAAAUAAACCUCAUGAGAAGCACCAAUAUAUUGACUCCUUCUGGCAUGUUUGUCAAAACACCGCACAGAAAUAUUUUAAAACCGAUAUUGUAUAUUUAUUUAGAUACUCAGCCUAUUUGCUUGAGAAAUUUUGCUAGAAAAAGAAGCAAAGCGAGAGGCAGCACCUGUGGCUCAGUGGGUAGGGAACUGCCCCCAUAUAUCAAGGGUGGUAGGUUCAAACCCAGCCCCAGCCAAACUGCAAACAAACAAACAAAAAAAGCAAAGCAAAUAACAAAUAUUGUUGAUGGAGUACUCAGUGAAAAUCUAGCCCAAUUGGAAGAUACAGAAAUAUAAUUAAUGCUUAGAGAAACUCAGAAAGUUUCCCAGUCACCGAUUGUUUCAAAGCCAAGCCUAGAACUUUGGUCAGGUAACUCCCAAAUGCUCUUGACUACUUUUCAGGGUGUUUUUAUCAACUGUGGAUAAUUUUUCUAAUUAUUUCAAAUAAAUAUCUCAAAUCUGGCUUUCAAAUUAUAA